GGCUCCACAUGGUCAGUGCAGAGUCCAAUAUGGGGCUUGAACUCAUGAACUGUGAGAUCCUGACCUGAGUCAAAGUCAAAUGCUUAACUGGCUGAUCCACCCAGGCGGCCCUCUUAGCUCUUUGUUGAUGACUAUAUACCCUAGGUACAAAUUUUAAAAUCAGCAAUGAUGACACCAGCAAUGAUGAUGUCAGUGAACACACCCUAAAUAGAAUUGCAACAGUCAUCUUAAAUAUGACACCAUCUCUGUUUUCUAUACAGCUGCCAUUCUAUGGACUUUCUCACUCAGUGAACUACUUUAUAUUCCAAUUUGUGAUGUCACUUCAGUUUUCCAUGUCUCAGAGUGAUUCCUGUUUAGUUAUUAAUCUCCACUUCCAUCCCAUCCAUGCUUUUUACAAAGGCAUUCAUCACAUGUUGCUGAGUGCUUCCCAUGACUUAUUUUUAGUUUAUUUAUUUUGAGAGAGAGAGAGAGAGAGAGAGAGAGAGAGAGAGAGAGAGAGAAUGGGGGAGGGGCAGAGAAAGGGAGAGAGAUAAUCCUAAGCAGGCUACAAACUGUGAGCACACAGCUCAAUAUGGGGCUCCAUCUCACAAACUGUGAGAUCAUGACCUGAGCCAAAAUGAAGAGUUAAAUGCUUAACCGACUGAGCCACCCAGGUGUCCUUUCUCAUGACUUUUAUAUGGGUGUUUUGUCUAAGCGUACCUGCUAUAUCUAGAUUAGGACACCUGAAAUCAUGUAUUCCAGAAUACUGUUUGGAAUUUUCACAGGAUUCAUUAGAGCAGUCUACUCACAAUGACUUGGUUCGGAGUCACAUGCUAACUAUCCAUGGGAAGGAGUAGAAACAAGUAUCCCAAGGUGUAAGAUGGAGAAAAGGAGGAUAAGACCUACUUAUUUCAAUACCCUGGAAAAGUAUGCAGAGAUACAGAAUUAGACCAUAAGAUAAAUCCAAGUUCCAUAUAUAUAUGGAGUGGGAAGGGACAAAUUAUAGAAACCAUCCCACUAUAGGAAAAGGAAUAAAGAAACCCAGAUACCAAAAGGAGACUUCUAAUAGAGUCUACUAGAAGAGGCUGGGUAAUAGAGGUACAAGGAUACCUUCGGAUACAAUAUCCCAGACCAGCUUCCAGCAAGAAAAUCAUGGAGUAUGCCAUCACAGGUGCCCAGUGGCUCUUGUGUGCUUGUCUACUAUUUCCUGAGCAACUAUACUGCUUGGGCACUUAAUGCAAAGACCCAUCAGUUGUCACUGUGUUGGUGUGUGUGCUUGUGUAUGACAUAAGCCUAUAUGCAUUUCCCACUUCCAGCUUUAGGACUAGUCUGAGCAGUAGGGUGGGGAUGAGCCUAGAGAGACUGAUGGUUAUAACUGGGAGAAGACAGAGGAAGAAAACUGGGGCCAGUUUCUGACAAGACAAAGUCAAUAUACUGUAGAAUUAUGCAAUAGGUGCCAUAUUUAGAUGGAGGAUUUUGAAUACAGAAAAACAACUGUGUAAUUUGGGAACAGUUUAUACUAGAGAACUUGAAAAAAGGACCAAUAAGACAAACACUACAAUUGUUGUUUCUCUUUUCAGGGUGUGUUCUCAACCCACCAUGGUGAUUUUCAAUAAUACUACAUCAUCUUCCUCAAACUUCCUACUCACUGCAUUUCCUGGUCUGGAACUUGCACAUGUCUGGAUCUCUAUUCCUGUCUGCUGUCUCUAUGCCAUUGCCCUCUUGGGAAACAGCACGAUUCUGCUCGUCAUCAUUGUUGAGAGGAGUCUUCACAAGCCCAUGUACUAUUUCCUCGCCAUGCUGUCAGCUGUUGAUCUAUGUCUGACCAUCUCAACCCUUCCCACUGUUCUUGGGGUUCUCUGGUUUCAUGCCCGGGAGAUUAGCUUGAAAGCUUGCCUCAUUCAAAUGUUCUUUGUACAUGGCUUCUCCUUCCUGGAGUCUUCAGUGCUGGUAGCCAUGGCCUUUGACCGCCUCAUGGCUAUCUGUAACCCACUGAAGUAUGCUAUUGUCUUCACAGACAUGAUAAUCUUGGUGAUUGGACUGGUCAUCUGCAUACGGCAAGUAAUUUUAAUCUUUCCCAUGAUUCUAGCCUUGACGAGAGUAUCUUUUCACGGAGGCCAAGAGCUUUCCCACCCAUUUUGCUACCAUCCAGACAUGAUUAAAUACACAUAUUCCAACCCCUGGAUCAGCAAUUUUUUGGGCAUGUUUCUUCAGCUCUACCUGACUGGCACUGACUUACUGUUCAUUCUUUUCUCCUACGUUCUGAUUCUCCGAACCGUCUUGAGUAUCGUGGCCCCUAAGAAACAACAAAAAGCUCUCAGCACUUGUGUCUGUCACAUCUGUGCUGUCACUGUUUUCUAUGUGCCAAUGAUCAGCCUGUCCUUUACACACCGCCUUUUCAGCUCCACCCCAAAAGUGGUCUGUAGCAUUUUGGCCAAUGUUUAUUUGUUCUUACCACCUGUACUGAACCCUGUCAUUUACAGCUUGAAGACCAAGACCAUCCGACAGGCUAUGCUCCAGCUGCUCCACUUUAAGGGCUCAUAGGGUCCCAGUGUGAGGAGUCAUAGAGGACCCUGGGGUUGAAGGAGAGAGAAGUUAUAUUUGAGCAAUAAAAGGAUCUGGGUCUGUGCCACCAGGCAUUUUAGUUACUGAAGCAGUUUCACUUAAAUCAUAGGAGCAGAAAGAGAAUACUUUUCCCCUAAGCUUAUCAAAAGUUAAAAAAAAACCUACCAUUCAAAACCAAAUUAAUUGUGUAUAUGUCCCUCAAACAUUUAAAAUAAUUAUAUGGAACUCCUGUGCACAUUAAAAGCACAAUAAUAUCAUUUUAUUCUGGUUGAACAAUUUAAUUAUCUGCCUAAAAAUGGUAAUUCUUAGACCAAAAAUUAAUAUAUAUAAUUUUAUGUCUGUGUUCAGCUGCCAAAAGUCAUUUAUUUCUGUGGUCAGAUUUCCCAGGGGGCAUCAGAGAUUUUUUUUUUUUUCCUUGAGGUGCUAAGUGAAAGAGUUACGUGUGUGCAAAAACACGCACAUUGCAAGUUGUAAUUUAAAACUCUAGGAAACUCUUACACACUGAUUUCAGUUCCUAAAGUCACUUCUAGGGAGCCCCAUCUCCUUGCAGAUGCACUCCCUGAACCUCUAUCUUUUCUUGAAUCCUUUUUCUCCUCAGCAAACGUGAAAUUGUCACUGAACUAAUUGCUAUUUGUUAUACCUCCAAUGAGUCCAAUAUCUAAAGUUACAUAUCAUUCUUCAUUAUUUUUCCCAUUGCCUAGAUAUUCUAAUACAGUUCUGAUUCUCACUCUGAAGCACCUCUUCCGUAUCUGCUGGGCUUCAGGACAGUACUUUUUUUCUAUUUGCCCUUGUUUCAUGGGUGGUUAAGUUUUUACCUAGCUGUUGGGCUCCUGGACCUUUUGGUGUACUUGUCAUUGUAGAAUUGAACAGUGACUUUGAUGCUUAGUAGGAAAUCUUUAGAAUACCUUGCUUAACAAUACUUAUUUGAUCAAGAAGUAAUCUGGGGUGCUUGGGUGGCUCAGUCAGU